AGCUUUUUAAAGAUCGUCUUGCUUUGCGCAAUUCACAGUGUCUGCCAGUCCAAGCCUCGCAGACCGGUAGUCUCUCUCUCUCUCUCUCUCCACAGACAGCCACACACACACAUGUAGGGUUUCGAUUGAGACGCUUAUACAACCUAGGGUUUCGAUUGAGGUACAAAAUUUGGUGUGAUGGUGGAGAGAAGGAGGCCUUUGGUGCUUUCUUCCACCAAAGCUCUCGUUAAUUCGGUGCUCAGUUCAUCCAGAACCAAGGGAGGAGAUGGAAUUGAAAGAAGUGACCAGCUAUCUGCCGAUUUCACAUCGCAGACGAUACAGUUACAGGCCGGGGUUCUUCUGUUAUCGAAGGAACGAACGGAGAAUUCGCAUCGUUCGGAUGUAGCUUCUCUCGACGACUCUGCUUUGGUUGGGCUAUCAACGUCUGUUCUCAAAAGAUUGUCCAUAACUUCAGGCUCAUUGAUACUUGUCAAGAACGUUGAGACCAAUGUACAGAGAAUUGGCCAAGCAAUUGUUCUAGAUCCUCCCAACAUCCAUGAAGACACGCCCAACAACGGAUUGCACUUUUCACAAUUGUCAGAGACCAUGCUUGUUUUUCCUUCAUAUAGUUUCCCUCAAACUAGCUAUGCGCCGUUGGAUGUGGAAGCUGCCUAUCUGUCUCCACUCUUGGUAUUUAACCUUAACUUGCAUGUGUCAUGUUUGAAAUCUCUCGUUCACCAAGGGAAAGGGACACUGGCAACUUUGUUUGAAGGUCAAGAGGAUUAUGAAACAAAUGGGAAAGGGGGAAAAGCCUCUGUCGUCAGUUUAGCCCUUGAACCGUGGGCUCAACUGCCAAGAUAUGCCUCACACUUGAGGGUUUCAUUUGUGAAGAUACCAGAUUGUGGUUUCCUUGAAUCUCUCAAAGGGAGUUCAUCAAUUGAAGCUGAAGAUCGUCAAGAAAUGAUUGAUUUGGCAUUAAACAAUUACUUUGCAAUAGAUAGAUAUCUUGCUAGAGGUGAUCUUUUCAAUAUAUGCAUCAAUUGGAAUUGCAAAUCAGCUAUAUGCAUUCCUUGCAACCAAAAGAUGCAAAAUGGAAGUAAUAACGUCAUCUAUUUCAAGGUUGUUGCUAUGGAACCUUCAGAGCAACCUGUUCUCAAAGUCAAUCGCACUCAAACCGCUCUCGUGCUUGGAGGGAGUGUUCCUUCUGCUGUUCCCCCCGAUCUUUUAAUUCCUGGACCAAAAGGACUUGCGCCUUUACAAGGGAACACAGUCAAGAUUUUGGCUUCCAUACUUACACCACCUCUAUGUCCAUCAGCACUUUCGUCAAGAUUCAGAGUUUCUGUUCUGCUGUAUGGUUCUGCUGGCUGUGGGAAGAGGACUGUGGUUAAACAUGUCGCUAAACGAUUGGGCCUGCAUGUGGUCGAAUAUAGUUGCCACAAUCUGAUGCCAUCCUCUGAAAAAAAGGCAUCUGUUGCACUGGCCCAAGCUUUCAGUGCAGCUCACAGAUACUCGCCAACAAUCCUUCUUCUCCGCCAUUUUGAUGUUUUCCGUAAUCUAGCCUCCCACGAGGGAUCACCACAUGAUCAAGUUGGCGUGAACUCAGAAAUAGCAUCUAUCAUCAGAGAAUUUACCGAGCCAGUUAUUGAAGAUGAAGACAAUUUUUGUGAAGAAAAAUUAGAUGAUGAUACUGAAGUAAAGCAUGCUGAAAGAAUAUGCGGUCAUCCAGUGCUGUUAGUUGCAGCUGCUGACAGUUCUGAAGGGCUGCCUCCGACUAUUAGGCGUUGUUUCAGCCAUGAAGUUAGCAUGGGACCUUUGACUGAAGAACAAAGGAUUAAAAUGCUUUCCCAGUCUCUUCAACGUGUUUCUGACAUACUUCCAGAUACAUCUACAGAGGAUCUUGUAAAAGAGUUAGUUGGACAGACAUCUGGUUUCAUGCCUAGGGAUAUGCGUGCUUUAAUUGCUGAUGCUGGUACAAAUUUAAUUCCAAGGCGAAAUAUUCUGCCUGGCAAUGUUGAGUCUGGAAAUUUUGAUGGCAAGAGAACUCUUGGGUCCAAACCAGCGAAGGACAAUAAAUCAAUUAGUGAUGCACCUCAGGUCCUUGGAAAGGAAGACUUGGUCAAAGCAUUGGAGCGAUCCAAGAAAAGGAAUGCAUCAGCGCUGGGUACUCCAAAGGUUCCUAACGUGAAAUGGAAGGAUGUUGGUGGACUUGAGGAUGUCAAGAAAUCAAUUCUAGAUACCGUUCAGCUCCCUCUCCUUCACAAGGAUUUGUUCUCAUCCGGGUUGCGCAAGCGCUCUGGUGUUCUUCUUUAUGGUCCGCCUGGAACAGGGAAAACAUUGUUGGCAAAAGCUGUUGCUACAGAGUGCUCCCUAAAUUUUCUCAGCGUGAAAGGGCCUGAACUGAUCAACAUGUACAUAGGGGAGUCAGAGAAAAAUGUUAGAGAUAUAUUUCAGAAGGCAAGAUCAGCACGUCCAUGUGUUAUCUUCUUCGAUGAACUAGAUUCUCUUGCUCCAGCCAGGGGUGCUUCUGGAGAUUCAGGGGGUGUUAUGGACCGGGUUGUUUCUCAGAUGCUUGCAGAGAUUGAUGGCCUAAAUGACUCUACUCAGGACUUAUUUAUAAUAGGAGCCAGCAACAGACCAGAUCUUAUUGACCCAGCUCUUCUAAGGCCUGGCCGGUUUGAUAAGCUCCUCUACGUUGGAGUUAAUUCUGAUCCAUCUUACAGGGAGAGAGUCCUUAAAGCACUGACCCGGAAGUUCAAAAUGCACAAAGAUGUAUCACUAUUCGCAAUAGCAAAGAAGUGCCCCUCAAAUUUUACUGGUGCGGACAUGUAUGCCUUGUGUGCAGACGCUUGGUUUCAUGCUGCCAAGCGCAAGGCUUUGGCUCCUCAUUUGGAUUCAACUUGCUUGGAUGAUGAAGCUGACUCUGUUACUGUUGAAUAUGAUGAUUUUGUUAAGGUCUUAGCAGAAUUGUCUCCCUCACUUUCUAUGGCAGAACUCAGGAAGUAUGAGUUGCUCCGGGAUCAGUUUGAAGGUGCUUCAAAAUGACUGUACGAGGAUGAUAUUCUGCACCAACGCUGGCGACCUCGCCACAACAAUCAAUAAGACUGAUUCUUUAAUAAAAAGAUGAGGGGGGGUCCCUGUUGCAUUACUCCAUGUAUACACAUGCAUGCAUCCUAAGGCUUGUACACAGGCCAAGAUAGUGAUUGCGAUGCCUUUGCCACAUACAUAGAGAAUGUGUGUAUUGCCUUUGUUGCUCUGGUCAAAUGGUUCGUGUUGAUUCAUGCCUUUAUGCUACACAAUCUCCCAUGCUUACCUCAAUUGUCUUUCCCACAUUGUCUUCUCGCUGUCAUUUGUUGGGCCAAAACCUUAUUUUGGGUCAACUUUGAGUCAAAAUUUAAGCGGGUUUCGCUUAUUCUUCGGGGUUAUUAAGCGUUGGAACGCAGUCUCCUCCACGUAAAAUAUUAGCACCGUAUAUUCACUUGAUGAGUUUAUGUAUUCCUGGUUUGUUUAGGGAGAUAUCUUAAGUUCCCUCUUUGGUAGCACGGAUGGAAAAGUAGAAAAAAUAAUUUUUUAUUAUCUAUAAUUUAUCAAUUACCAUGAAUACCCUUGUAUUUGUUAUAAAUUAUAGAGUCAAAAGGUGCAAUGGGGAUCUGUUUUGCUUGUCCUUUGAGCA